CACUCAAUCGCAGCUAUGUCGCCCAGUCAGCUUCUUGUGAUCUUCGCUUUGCUGGCCCUAACUACUCGUCUAGUAUUUGGCCAAACCACGAUUGAUUGCCAAAGACCACCGCAACUAGUGGAUCCCGCACUCUGCUGCAAGGAUGGGGGUCGCGACCAGGUGGCUGAGCAGUGCGCCCAGCGGAUUUUAGGAGCAGCAAAUGGACAGAAGGCAGGAGGUCCUCCAUCGUUGGACACGGCAGCAUGCCUAGCUGAGUGCAUCCUCACAUCCUCCAAGUAUCUUGAUGAACCACAGAAACUUAACUUGGCCAACAUACGCAGUGAUCUCUCCGCCAAGUUCUCCAACGAUACCCUCUACGUGGAAACCAUGACCAUGGCGUACUCCAAGUGUGAGCCACAAUCGCAGCGCAGACUGGCCAUGAUCAUGCAGCAGCAACAACAGGCACAGCAGCAAAAGCCCCAGCAGCAACAACCAAGAUGCAGCCCCUUCUCAGCCAUCGUACUUGGGUGCACCUACAUGGAGUACUUCAAGAACUGCCCCGAUCAUCGGUGGACUCCAAAUGCCCAGUGUGCUCUGGCCAAAGCCUACGUGACGCAGUGCGGUUUGGGUGCCUAAAAUCACGACCUGAUGGAGAUGGUGCUUGUACAAUGUACAUACGUUUAUAAAAAGUAGUCAUUAAAUAAGAAUCAAAUUAACUUUUUAUAUUCAUAUAAUUUUGGAUCACUGGAACUAAUUAACGAGGUAGUAAUUAAGUAACGAUCGCACCUGAAAUUUACAAACGAUCUGAAUUAAAACUUGUGGCGAAAUA